AUGUCAUCAAUUCUACAAUUGCUGAUCGCAACUAUAAUCGCUUGUAUUCUGGUUGAUUAUGCAAGAUCGAAUAAUUACUCAUUUGCACAGCGUACAAAGUUAAAUUAUACAGAUUGUGGAUCUCGUUCUAUACGUAUUGAACGGUUUGAUGUAUCGCCAAUGCCUAUUAUACAACCAGGUGAAAUACAAUUAUCGUUUGCUGCAAUACUUGAAACUGAUAUUAAAGGUGUUGUUAAAUUCGAUUUAAAAAUUAUCCGUACAGUUAGUGGAAUCAAGUUGCCUAUAAAAUGCUAUACCGUUAAUGGUCGAAAUAUUGGCUCAUGCUCUUAUGCAGAUUUAUGUUAUUCUAUAAAAGACUUUUGGCUGUUUCUUGCCCAUGAUGACGAUGAUUCUUAUCAAUUUGAUCCAGCUAAUUGUCCAGCACAAUUAGCACAAUAUGGCAUUGAUUGCACUUGUCCAUUGAGGAUACCUGCCCAAUACAUAGAUAUUGAUAUUCCUGUUCGAAUUCCAGUUCCACCACCAUUGAUGCAAUUUCUAGGAGCCUAUGAAGUCAUACAGCCAAAACCAACAACCACGACUACAACAACGACAACAUUACCAACCUGUAUUAUGCCUGAUGCUAACGUCAUCGGAUGA